GGUAAUCAGGUCAGACAGUUAAUGCAUGCACCACGGCGUGUGUGGAUUAGACUCGAAGGAUUGUUUUAACAUAACUGCAGACUGUAAUGAGCUCAGAUUAACUCUUCUGUUUUUGCAGAAAAAGGGCAAGUCCAAGUACUCAGCGAUACGCAGACUUCUGCUAAAGACCAAAUUGCUGAAAAAAGCAGAAAACUUGCUGGUAAAAGAAAAAGAGCAGAAAGAUCUGGAAAGAGAAAAUGCCCUGCGGGAAAGUGCGCCACCCCUCAAACUCUCAGGCCUUUCUGUUCAUGAACUGCAGGAGUGUUGCAAAGAUUUGCACCAGAAGAUUGACAUUGUCGAUGAAGCCCGGUAUGACCUUAAUGUAAAAGUCACCAGAAAUGAUGAAGAGAUUGCGUCACUAACCCAAAAGAUCUAUGAACUAAAGGGGAAAACGAAGCGGCCAAACCUGAAAAGGGUGAAGAAGUCUACAGAUGCUGUUCUGGGAUCGCUCACGGACACUAGACACAUGAAAGCUGACUUCAAAGCAAACCUCAAAACAGUUAAAAAAGAAGAGGAGAAGAAAGAGGAGGUACAAGACUGGAGGAAAAACGUGGAGGCCAUGUCCGGCAUGGAGGGCAGGAAGAAGCUAUUUGAUGCCGGGCAAUAGACCAGCACUAACUCCACAACUGUGCGAAAUAUUUCCACCCCCCCAAAAAAAGGGAUUUGAAGGAUAAAGGGGCAUCUUGAUAUAAAUCUUAUCAUCUUGUUUGUUUGAAUUAUAGUCCCCCUAAACAUUAUAUGGUAAAAUUAUUCAUUUAUUUUGUCAGUCAUCUGUGACUAGCGUGCAAUAUUAAUUUGUUAUGUACUGCGAUAAACAUGUGUGAGCACUGUCCGUGGAGAGGGAUUAUAAUAGAUAAUAGAACAACCUAAUAUUCAUAUCAUAUUAUAUCAGCUGUGUAAAUAUUUGCUUCAUAUUCUGCGUUGAUUGAAACGAAUAAGGUUAUACCCUUGGGUGAAGAGCAUGUUUACUUUAUUACCUAUUUGUAGUUCACAAGCAGAACAUUGUUUAAUUUUUAAUAAAAUUGCAUUGGGAAAAAUGUUUAAACAUUUGAUUAAAAUAUGCUUUAAUGCCAAUCUGUUAAUAGCAGUUCUUGUUUUUGACCUACAGAUGGCGGUCUGCAUUUAUGUAUUAAAUUAACUGACACUCUAUCAGCAGCAGGGGGCGACAGAGUAACAAAAAAACGCACUAAAAUCUCAGAUGAGCUUUACAUUGGGGCCGUUUGAAUACAUUACUCUCAUUAUCUAUGCAAGAGCCGAAUAUUGCAAAAGAAUGUUGCUUAAUGGGAACAAAGAGACAUUUCCUAGUUUCCAUCUAAAAUUUGACAUUCUGUCUGUGGACUGAUGUAGUGAUGUUUAGAAAAGGAAGUACAGGGAGGUAAGAGGAAGGAAUUUGGGUGGCACUGUAUCCUCUAUUGCCAGACAGAUGGCAAACUGGCACAGAUAUACCAUCAGUCAUCAAGACCUGAGCUGGCACAUCCAUUCAACACAGAUCAUAUGAGACUGUUUAAAUGUGAAGUGUGUCAUUUUUAGAUGUUACUUCACUUGAACUAGGCCAGUUUAUCAAUUACGUGUGGCUUUUGGUAUUAUUUUAACAGAUAUAUAGAGAGAGAUAUUUUAAGAGGAUUAAAGUCUUUUUAAAACUUGUGUGCAUAAUCUUUAGGUCUCUUGUGACUAUCCCAUUAAUGCAGGUUUCUCAUUUAAUGAUUAGCAGAUGGAUUUGGUUUGGAUUGGACACAGAUGUUAGACUAGACCUAUUAACCGGGACAUCAUGUAUUUUAGAAAGGAUGAUGUCCCCAUUGUCCCAUAUUUAAAUUGCUGACUGUUAUGUGACAUUACAUCCCAGAAGAACUAAAAAGUCAUUUUGCACUGAUAUGCAAAUGACAUACAGCAUUAGCACCUUGGGGCUGUCCUGCAGUGGUCUGUUAAGUUAAACACUUCAUAGGGACUAGUUGAAACAAGUUCAUAUUCUUCCAUAGCGAGAGGCAAGCUUAUGAUAUUGCCAUUCUCAGAACACUGAGAAAGUUAGGACAUUAUAUAAUAUUUCCAUUAUUUUCAUAUGUGAGAUUAUCUGAGGCCUUUUCCUGAUAGUUGCUAUAAAUCAAAGCAUAUUAGAAAAGUAAACAUCUGAAAUUCUGUGGCAAAUAUUGCCCAGGCCAAGCCCUAAGAUAAAGAGACUAAAAAUGCCUGGCAGGCUCUCCUUUGUAACCAAAUUACAGGCAAAGCAAUCAGCAUUUCAUUUGACUGCUCCCGGUUUCUAAUUCGUGGGAAAGAGUUUGCUCGUACUUUGAGGUGAAACACUUGAGCACUUUUUGUUUCAAACAAAGUCAUGCACACAAAACAAAUAAAUCCUCG